AACUGGAACUGGCGCGCAGCCCUAGGUGACAGUGCCUUCCACACGCCCCUCUCCCUCUCAGUCUCUCUCGCUCGCUCGUCUUGAAGGAAAUAAUAUACAAAGCAUGCAACGAAGAUUAGAAGAGGCGUAUGAAUGCAAGGGAAUUUCUUGACAGGAUUGUGAGUCCAGUGGUCAUUUGCAGAAGUCACAAAGCGCUCGGUUCCAUUAUUUGGAGAUUGUUGAGUGUAUCUUCGAGCUUCCUCUAGUUCCAUUAUUGGAAAUUUAUUGUUUUCUAACUUAUCCCUUUGCACAACGUCCUCUGAUCCUUUCCCAAUCCUAUGUUCUUUGUUUUGAUUCACUGUCAUCAUGUAUAUAGCCGCAUCUUCUUCAGCUGCAUUCAUCAGAGCUUCCAGGGCUCGGUUCUCUUCCUCUCUUUCCACUUUUUCGUCUCUCUCUAGAACAUCCCUUGCUGCUUCACCACUUCAAUCCUCUCUUUCUCUCACCAAAUAUCGAUCCCUCAGCUUCUCCUCCGCGUUUCUCUCUCUUCGUUCUUCGGCCCCUCGAUGGAGCCACGGAUUUGAUUGGAAAUCUCCUCUUAGUCUUAGGGCUCAGAUUAGGACUGCUGCCCCUGUGAUCGAACGCUUCCAGCGCAAAAUCGCUACUAUGGCUUCUGAGAACGCUUUCAAGGGAAUCUUAACCAGUCUUCCCAAGCCUGGGGGUGGCGAGUUUGGAAAAUUUUACAGCCUACCUGCUCUGAAUGAUCCCAGAAUCGAUAAAUUACCAUAUUCUAUCAGGAUCCUUCUUGAGUCAGCUAUUCGUAAUUGUGACAACUUUCAAGUAACCAAGGAAGAUGUUGAGAAGAUUAUUGACUGGGAGAACACUUCUCCUAAGCAAGUUGAGAUCCCCUUCAAGCCUGCUCGUGUUCUAUUGCAGGAUUUUACUGGUGUACCUGCUGUGGUUGAUCUAGCUAGCAUGAGGGAUGCUAUGAACAAGCUUGGAGGUGAUUCUAACAAGAUCAACCCUUUGGUUCCAGUAGAUCUUGUUAUUGAUCAUUCAGUCCAGGUCGAUGUAGCUAGAUCAGAGAAUGCAGUGCAGUCGAAUAUGGAGUUAGAAUUCCAAAGAAACAGGGAGAGAUUUGCUUUUCUUAAGUGGGGAUCUACUGCUUUCAGCAACAUGCUUGUUGUUCCUCCUGGUUCUGGUAUAGUGCACCAGGUUAAUCUAGAAUACCUUGGUCGUGUUGUUUUCAACACUGAUGGCAUACUUUAUCCUGAUAGUGUGGUUGGAACUGAUUCCCACACAACUAUGAUUGAUGGGUUAGGAGUUGCUGGCUGGGGAGUGGGAGGAAUUGAAGCAGAGGCAGCUAUGCUUGGACAGCCAAUGAGCAUGGUGUUACCUGGUGUUGUUGGAUUCAAACUUUCUGGGAAAUUGCGCAAUGGUGUCACAGCUACUGAUCUGGUUUUGACUGUUACACAAAUGUUGAGGAAGCAUGGUGUUGUUGGCAAGUUUGUUGAGUUCUAUGGUGAGGGUAUGGGUGAAUUAUCAUUAGCUGACAGGGCUACUAUUGCCAAUAUGUCUCCUGAAUAUGGAGCAACCAUGGGUUUCUUUCCUGUAGAUCAUGUCACUUUGCAAUACCUUAAAUUAACUGGAAGAAGUGAUGAAACAGUGGCAAUGAUAGAAGCAUAUCUGCGUGCAAACAAAAUGUUUGUUGACUAUAAUGAGCCUCAACAAGAAAGAGUGUAUUCGUCCUACCUAGAAUUAGAUCUUGCAGAUGUUGAACCUUGUAUUUCAGGACCAAAACGCCCCCAUGACCGAGUUCCCCUGAAGGAAAUGAAGGCUGAUUGGCGUUCUUGUCUGGAUAACAAAGUUGGAUUCAAGGGAUUUUCUGUACCAAAGGAGUCACAAAACAAAGUAGCAAAGUUUUCAUUCCAUGGACAGCCUGCAGAGCUCAAGCAUGGUAGUGUUGUGAUAGCAGCCAUAACCAGCUGCACAAAUACUUCAAACCCCAGUGUCAUGCUUGGGGCUGGUCUUGUUGCCAAAAAGGCCUAUGAACUUGGUUUGGAGGUUAAGCCAUGGAUUAAAACAAGUCUCGCUCCAGGAUCAGGGGUUGUCACAAAAUAUUUGUUCCAAAGUGGUCUUCAGAAGUAUUUGAAUCAGCAAGGCUUCCAUAUUGUUGGUUAUGGUUGUACAACAUGUAUUGGGAAUUCUGGAGAACUUGAUGAAUCAGUUGCUUCUGCAAUCUCAGAAAACGACAUCAUUGCUGCUGCUGUACUUUCUGGAAACCGUAACUUUGAGGGUCGUGUGCAUCCCUUGACAAGAGCUAAUUACCUUGCUUCACCUCCUUUAGUUGUUGCUUAUGCCCUUGCUGGCACGGUUGAUAUUGACUUUGAUAAGGAACCAAUUGGAAUAGGGAAGGAUGGGAAGAUUGUCUAUUUCAAGGAUAUCUGGCCAUCCACUGAUGAAAUUGCUGAGGUUGUUCGAUCAAGUGUGUUGUCUGAUAUGUUCAAGAGCACCUAUGAGGCUAUUACAGAGGGGAAUCCAAUGUGGAAUCAACUCUUAGUCCCAAGCAACAAUCUCUACUCAUGGGAUCCAAGGUCAACCUAUAUUCAUGAGCCCCCGUAUUUCAAGGGCAUGACCAUGGAGCCACCUGGUCCUCAUGGAGUGAAGGAUGCCUACUGUUUGCUCAACUUUGGGGACAGUAUUACGACCGAUCACAUCUCCCCUGCAGGGAGCAUCCACAAGGACAGUCCUGCUGCCAAAUACCUUAUUGAGCAUGGAGUGGACCGCAAGGACUUCAAUUCUUAUGGAAGCCGUCGUGGCAAUGAUGAAGUGAUGGCAAGGGGCACUUUUGCUAAUAUCCGCAUAGUUAACAAACUCUUGAAUGGAGAAGUUGGCCCAAAGACAAUUCACAUUCCAACUGGGGAGAAACUUUAUGUCUUUGAUGCAGCAAUGAGGUACAAGACUGCUGGUCAAGAUACAAUUGUGCUAGCUGGAACAGAAUAUGGUAGUGGAAGCUCUCGAGAUUGGGCUGCCAAAGGCCCCAUGUUACUGGGAGUUCAAGCAGUUAUUGCCAAGAGCUUUGAGAGAAUCCAUCGCAGUAAUUUGGUUGGGAUGGGUAUAAUUCCACUCUGUUUCAAGCCUGGUGAGGAUGCAGAAACACUGGGUCUGACAGGUCAUGAGCGUUACACCAUUGAUCUUCCAAGCAAAAUUAGUGAGAUACGGCCUGGUCAGGAUGUUACUGUAGUGACCGAUACUGGCAAAUCUUUCACAUGCACAGUGCGCUUUGAUACAGAGGUGGAAUUGGAAUAUUUCAACAAUGGAGGCAUUCUACCAUAUGUCAUCCGUAAUCUCAUGAAGCACUAGUGGUCAAGUUUUUGAAGCAUCCUCUUCCUUCACUCAAUGCGCUAUUCGUUUUUAGGGAAAAGUGAGAAAAGGCAGGGAUGUCCAUCUCUAGACAUCAAUUCUCAUCUGGGUGAAUAAUUUCCCACAUGCCUGGCUGCGAAUUAUUUUGCCCUUUUCUCUUCCAUAGAAUAAGAGAUGGCGAAUAAAAAAGAGAAUCGGAAAGGAAUGGUUUAGGCAUCAUAUUGGCCCUUUGAAAUAGGGCGUAGAGUUGCUCAGCACUUUCGAAGGAGUAUGUCCCGCACUCCCGUUUGCAGAUGAGAAAGUAGUUAAAUCUACAUAUUUUUUAGUGUUGGAAUCUCUUCUUUUUGACAGUGCAAGAUCUCAUCCUGAUUGGAAUCGUCUUAAGAACAUUGCUCAUGUCUUGCUUUCUGUAACUUCAUUGAUGCCUCCUCAUGUGCUCCCAUCCUCUGGGUUCUAAACUUUUAUACUUGCUGGAUUUAGAUAUGGGUAAAUUUCUUAAACUACCCUUAUGGUUUAACUAUUGGACUAAGUAUACCCCACUGAUUGAAAAUUGACUAAUGAUA